CCUUCCUGUUGGCUACACGGAGGAGCCUGGGUCCAGGGGAAGGGGUUUACCGACGUACCCGGAACUGUCUGCACGCAUUUUUUCUGGUGUGGUGAACGCUGCGGGCUCUUGGACCCGAGGCGUCCGAGACCCUCCGAGGAGCCGCGGGCGCGCUCUUGCCCCGCCCCUUGGCGGGAUCGGCUUCCACCGCCAUGGCUCCUGUGUCAGGCUCGCGGAGCCCUGAACGGGAGGCCUCCGGGGGAAAACGACGCAGUCCGUCGAGGAGCCCUAAGCCCAGCAAGUCUUCCCGCUCCCCGCGGGGUCGCCGCUCUCGCUCGCGCUCUUGUUCUCGGUUCUGUGACCGGAAUGGCCUCAGCCAUUCGCUGAGUAGCUUCAGUCAAAGCUCUCGCAAGCAAUCUUACCGUUCCCGCUCCCGGUCGCGUUCCCGAGAGCGGCCCUCUACGCAGCGCAGUGCCCCUUUUGCUUUUGCAUCCUCCGCCUAUUAUGGCGGCUACUCGCGCCCCUACGGGGGCGACAAGCCAUGGCCAAGCCUGCUGGACAAGGAGAGGGAGGAGAGUCUGCGGCAGAAGAGAUUAAGUGAAAGAGAGAGAAUUGGAGAAUUGGGAGCUCCUGAAGUUUGGGGACUUUCUCCGAAGAAUCCUGAACCAGACUCUGAUGAACAUACACCAGUAGAGGAUGAAGAGCCAAAGAAAAGCACUACUUCAGCAUCUAGUUCAGAAGAUGAAAAGAAGAAGAAGAGGAAGUCUAGUCAUUCAAAAGAAAGAUCCAAGAAAAAGAGAAAGAAAAAGUCAUCUAAAAGAAAACACAAGAAGUAUUCUGAAGACAGUGACAGUGACUCUGAAUCUGAAACAGACUCCAGUGAUGAAGAUACAAAAAGAAGAGCAAAGAAAGCUAAGAAAAAAGAAAAGAAGAGGAAACGGAAAACGAAGAAGUACAAGAAAAAGAAAUCUAAGAAGAACAGAAAAGAAUCCAGUGAUUCAAGCUCUAAAGAGUCCCAAGAAGAAUUUCUAGAGAAUCCUUGGAAGGAUCGAUCAAAGACAGAAGAACCAUCUGAUCUCAUUGGCCCAGAGGCUCCCAAAACACUUGCUUCUCAAGAUGAUAAGCCUUUGAACUAUGGCCAUGCUCUGUUACCUGGUGAAGGUGCAGCUAUGGCUGAGUAUGUAAAAGCUGGAAAGCGAAUCCCACGAAGAGGUGAAAUUGGCUUGACAAGUGAAGAGAUUGCAUCAUUUGAAUGUUCCGGCUAUGUAAUGAGCGGUAGCAGGCAUCGCCGAAUGGAGGCUGUGCGUCUGCGGAAAGAGAACCAGAUCUACAGUGCGGAUGAGAAGAGAGCCCUUGCAUCCUUUAACCAAGAAGAAAGACGGAAGAGGGAGAACAAGAUUCUGGCCAGCUUUCGAGAGAUGGUGUACAGAAAGACCAAAGGGAAGGAUGACAAGUGAGGACUUCCUGACAUCACAAGUGGAUAUUUUUAACAUCAAGAAGGAAGUUGUGGGUUCUAGACAUAAAAAAGAUUAUUGUUUUGUUUGUGUUUGGGGUUAUUUUUUGAUGUGUGGUUUCAAGUGGUUCAGGUUGGCCUCAGGCUUUGUAGCCAAGGAUGUCUCUGAACUCUUGGUCUCCUGCCUCCACCGUCCAAGUGUUGAGAUUCCAGACGUGUGCCACCAGCCCAGCCAAAAAGGCUAUUGUUCUCUGAAAUGGCUUUUCGGUGCUUGUGUGCCUUUUGAAUCCUUCAGUCCUUCAAUAAAAGAUGCUUGUUGGUAUAACUAGUAAGUCUUUUUAAGAUUGACCCUAACUUUCUGGUUUGAAAGUCCAGAUUCGGAGUGAAACUCUGCAGUGUUAGGAAGGUGGUAUAGAGAGUGGCAGCAGAAUAAGGAAUUGAAAUCUCACGUUGUGAUUGGGUGUGAAUCCAUACAGUGUCUGCCCCUUCCCCAGUAGGACUCGGGAAUUUCCUAUCUCUGUCGUGAAUGUACUGCAAAUGGGCUAGACAGGAACUAUGUAGGAGGCUAUUUCUGUUAACAAAAUGAUGGUGUUGCUGUAAAAUGUUGUGGAAUUUGAAAACUGACUUGUUUCUAUAGUCUGCCCUAGAAUUGUAUUUUGGGCUAACUCUACCUCUGCUCUAAAAACAGCAAACCAAAAGGAUAAGUCACAGAUGUGUGGAAUAAAAAUGUGAGCAUUACAUAUUUUAAGUUCUUAAUAAGUUACUUAAAAUAGUUCUUUCAGUCGCUGGGGUAUAGUUCAGAGUUAGAACAUGUGCUUAUCAUGCAUGUGUCCUAAGUUACAUCCCCAGCACUGCAAAAAGUUCAAAUACAGUCUUGGGAAGUCUAUUGUGCCAGUGUAAGAAUAUUAUUUCUAUCUAAGCUGAUAUUUAAUGAUAGGAUAAAAUCUAAAAGAAUGAGUAUCAAGAGUGCUAAUGAGGGGAAAUGCAGUCAGUAUUUUAAUUAGCUGUUUCAUGAUAAGGAAAGUAAAAUAGUAAAUGUUUUCAAUUGUGUCCUUUAUGUACUGAGAUACCUUUUUUGAGACAGAGUGUCACUAUGUAGCUUCAUAGAGUUUCACCUGCCUCUGCCCUCCACGUGCUGGGAUUAGAGGUGUGUGCCAUUGCAUCUGGCUGUCAGGUUUGAUUUUAAAUGUUGUUAAACUCUUCAACUUUUCUAUAUCUAUCAGUGUCUUUAAUCCUUAACUUUGUAGAAACCCUCCUCACUUUAUCACUCUUUGAAAAAUUUAAUAUAUGAUCUGGGAAAUGUGUUUUUAACCCACAACUGCUGAACUGAGCAGCAGUUAGCAUGUAGUAACAUCUGUGAUCUUUGAACUUGAAAUUACUUCACUAUAUCUAUAUUUCUCAGUCUAGUAAGUCUAUAAUUUCCUAAAGUUCAAUGGAAACUAGGUUCCAAAGUUGGAAGUCUUAUUAAUUAAUACACUUCCUCAUGUAAUACAAUGUAAUGUUUAUAAUCCCUACUUUAAAAUUUAUUAUGCAGGGUCAUUUUUUUUGUUAACUGGCUCCUAGCAACUGGAUGGAUAUGUUUUUAUUUUUCAUAGACAAUGUAGUUUAAAAGCAACAAUUUUGUGGUAUAUAAAUAUUAUGAAUUUUAUUUUAAUCUUUCUCCACAGAGUAGACAUAGUCAAUGAAAAAAAGACAGGAAUUUAUUUCUAUACCUACCAUUCAUUGCAGCAGAGUUCAUUUGGAUAAGAUCUGCAAAGAAUAGCUUCAGUAGCAGACUCUUUAAAAAGUGGAAGGCUAAAAGUAUUUUAUUUUCAGCUUAUUUGAGUUAUUGCUUCAUACUGUAUUUUGUCACCUGAGCUCUAAGUCAGCCAUUGUUUCCAAAAGCAAAUCUUCCUGGUUUACAGAGGAAGCAAGGCGUGUGCUCCCCUCUACAGACACACACACACAUACACACACACGCACGCACGCAUGCACGCACGCAUGCACACACACACCCCCAAGCACUUGAACAGUUAUAAUUGAACAAAACAUUGAGCUAGGAAUUCCCUCCUGUUACAUUCCCAGUGAACAAGAUAGUGGCUUGAAUUCUAUUUGUAUUCUUCAUUGUUCUUUAGGCCCAUGUAAAAUCUAUGUCAAACUAUUGUAAUUUAAAUACUUUGUUUUGUUCUCUAAAGGGACUUACCUAGCUUCUCAUCUCUUCAUCUGUUGUUCAUAGGAUUUUCUCUCCCUUUUUAUUUGUUGUACAAAGAUAAUGGUAAAAAAUAGAAAAAAAUUGUUCAGUCCUGCCACAUGAAUUGUUUGUUACAAGUAUUCUGUGUUCCUUGUAUGUCUUUGUCCCUCAAAGUGUAGUGUAAUUUUGUCUUGGUAAUUUAAAAUUGUGUGACCAGGCUUAGGAGUCUCAUUGGGCAGGAAGAAAUACAUGAUGAUCCAGUAUGAAGAUAGAAACAAGACCAGAAAUAAAUAAGGGUGGUAACCUAUCUCUGGUUCAUGUAAUAAUGAGCAUGAUGGUGUGUCUAGAAGCUAAAGCAUUUGGUUUCAGAGCUUGGCAGUGAGGCUCACCUUACAGUAGAAGCAGUCUAUUAGUAGGAGAACCCUUCAGACUGGUUGGUAUGAGCUACAGAACUGUUGCCAUUUUGUUACCUGGCAUACCCAUAAAAUGUGGAUCAAGCCUGGAGAUAGGCACAGAGAAGGACCAAACAGCUAAGGGCCAGUGGGUGAACUUUAGCAAUGUUCAAAAUUCAACUCUGUGCUUGCCAGACUCCAAAAAAUAGUGUUAAGAAAAAUCUUUUCAAAAACAGAAAAUGGAUAAUGAAUAAAAGCAAAAAUGCAGUUGGGUUGUGUACCACAAGUUUAUUAUUCAAUAAAUAUUAUGUGAUUUGA